GACCCGCGUAUAAGUUCUGAGCCAUUCGCGAUGCAGCUUCCAGAGUAGGGGGAAAACUCGGAGAGAGUACGAGAGUACUCACUGCCAUCGAAGUAGAAGGAGUUAAAACUCAAGCUCUAUAUUUUCUAGCAAAUUUCGUGCGUCAAAGUUAUAAGCCAUGGCUCGUACUAAGCAAACAGCCCGUAAAUCAACGGGUGGAAAAGCUCCCCGUAAACAGUUGGCUACUAAAGCAGCCCGUAAAAGUGCUCCCUCAACUGGGGGUGUAAAGAAACCUCAUCGUUACAGGCCGGGUACCGUAGCUCUUCGUGAAAUCAGAAGAUACCAGAAGUCGACUGAGUUGCUGAUCCGGAAAUUGCCAUUCCAACGUUUGGUGCGUGAAAUAGCGCAAGACUUCAAGACUGAUCUGCGUUUCCAGAGUGCAGCCAUCGGCGCCCUGCAAGAAGCUUCUGAAGCUUAUCUGGUCGGUCUGUUUGAAGACACUAACCUCUGCGCUAUUCACGCCAAACGCGUCACCAUCAUGCCUAAGGAUAUACAAUUGGCUCGACGAAUCCGAGGAGAGCGUGCUUGAAGUGGGGCGGUUGAAUUUCAUGCAUACCAAUUAAUAUUAUUAUUAAUAUUCAUUAUAAUUGAUGAAAUCAGAUGUUCAUUGAUAUCUAUAUUGUCUCUUGUAUUUUGCCUUGUAUCGAAUGUUUUAGACGUAAUUAACACACGUACACACACACUCACACGCUCAUUCGUACAUACGCACUUGUAUCCGAUACAUAAAGUUUGACUAAUAACGGUUUUACUAACAUUAUUAUUAUGAUUAUUGUUACUACUAUUAAUUGUUCAAGCAUAUUCACACAGAGCAGCUGUACAUAUUCGAAUACCACCAUUCUAUUGUCUCUCCUUUAUUUUCACUGUAACGUUUAAUAACAUUUAUCCAAUGGCUCGUUAAGAGUUGAUUUUGAAAAUGUCAACUUUAAUUGAAUUCUUUCGAUAUUGCAUUUAGAUGUCAUUGUUAUUUUCAUUAUAUUGUCGAACAAGAUUAAAUAUUUCAUACUUUUUUUCUGAAUUAGCACUAAAUUCAAUAUAUUCCCACCCCAAAGUGAAGUAACUGAAGUGGUUGGGCAGUGUCAUUAAACCCUAUCAUCAUCACACAACAUUAUACAACAAGAGUAUAAGUGUACUUUAGAAUUUAAGUGUCUGUUUGUUUAGUACUAGAUCAAUUGUACUGGUCUCAGAUUUGGUUAUGUUUACGAAUAAGUUACGUAAUUGAUUUUAAUUUACUUGUGUGUUCAAUUUUCUGUGCAGAAUACAUAUUUCGUAAAUAAAUUCUCUAAAUUCA